AUGAUUGCAAACAGAGUGCUGUUGUCCAAACAAACACUGGCUGUUCUUACUCAACAGACAGCGUUUGUCCAUCACGGCAACCAAGGCCAUUGGGGGAAUGCCAAUAUCGCUGUGGUGUUGUCGGGAUGUGGCCGGUGGGACGGGACCGACGUCCACGAGGGUGUCUACACAAUGUACCACCUGAGUCGCAACGGGGCUCGCUUCCAGGUGUUUGCUCUCAAUCAACAGCAGACUCAAGUGUUGGAUCAUUUGAAGAAGCAGCCUGUCUCUGGAGACAACCGGAAUGUGAUGGUGGAGUCUGCCCGCUUCGGUCAUAAUGAAGGAAUGACACAAAUGCAGGAUCUGGCCAAGCUGGACGUUAAUGCCUUUGAUGCUGUUAUCUUUCCUGGAGGUCACGGAGUCAUCAAGAACCUGUCCUCUUUUGUGAAGGAUGGUAAAGACUGCCAGCUGCACCCUGAUGUCGAGAGAGUGCUCAAAGAUUUCCAUCGCUUACGUAAACCCAUCGGUCUGUCCAGCACAUCUCCUGUGCUGGCGUGCCGUGUGCUGCCUGGCCUGGAGGUGACUCUGGGCUAUGAACGUGACGACAAAAGCCUCUGGGGCAAGUGGCCUCACACAAAUCUGGUCCAGGUUGUUAAAAGCAUGGGUGCCCGUCACUUUGUCCGUGAGCCAUAUGAAGCCCAUGUGGAUGAGAAGAACAAAGUGGUUAGCACGCCAUCCUUCAUGUGGGAGACGGAGCUUCACUAUCACUAUGUAUUUGACGGCAUCGGAAAUAUGGUCAAGCAUGUAAUGCGCAUGUCAAUCUAG